AGAGUGAGAACGAGAAAGAGAACACGAACGAGAGAACGAGCGAGCGAGCGAGCGAAAGAGAACGAGAGAGAGAGAGAGAGAGAGAGAGAGAAAGAGAAAGAAAGAAACGUCCACACGAAUUAUAAUACGAGUGAGAAAGAUGGUAUGAACAAACACGAAACAUGUCCAUGUGUAUGUGUAUGAUAGAGAACGCGGUGCACACGACCGAGAGCGGACGAUAGAGAGAGAAAGAAUGAGAGUGAGAGAGAGAGAGAAAAAGAGAGAAAGAGAGAAAGAGAAAGAGAGAGAUAGAGAAGAAAGAAAAGAGCGCGCGUAGCCGCAGGCAAGGGCGCGCGUGAGCGGGCAAGCGAGCCUUGUCUUCCCCCUUCCCUCCUGACCGCCCGUCCGCCACCGCCACCACCACCACCACCACCACCACCCCUUCUCCUCCCCACCACCCCCCGCCAUUCCCCUUCCUCUCCAAGCUCUCUUCUCUCUCGACAGUAGUACCGCCGCCGCCGCCGCCGCCGCCGCCGCCACCGCCGCCAGAACGUCGCUCCCCCAACCCCUCGGCCCCACGCACGACCAACCACGGCGCGAGCGCCCCUCACCUCCUCGACCCACACGCGCCAACCACGGCGAAAAGCCGCCAGCGAUCGCUCGUCGCCUCACAGUCCGUCAGCGUUCCUCCUUGCGCGAGCACGCGCGACACAUUUGCUCUCUCUUCCUCUUCCUCCUCCCUAUAUAUAUAUAUAUAUAUAUAUGUGUGUAUAUAUAUAUACACACACAAUACGUUCAUCCUUCUGGCUUCUUCUUCGCUCCACUUUAUCGCGAAACGUUUUUCAUCCGGGUAUCGACGGACGCGAAUUUAUCGCGUGCUCGCGUGUCAAAUCUUUAUCUCUUUUUCUCUCUUUCUUUCUUUCUUUCUUUCUUCUUUCUUCUCUCUCUCUUUCUCUCUCUCUCUCUCUCUCUCUCUCUCUCUCUCUUUCUCUUUCUAUCUGUCUGUCUCUCUAUCUUUCUCUUCGCAUUAUAAAAGAUAAUUAUAAUAAUAAUAAUAAACGAAUAUAUAUAUAUAAUAUAUAUAUAUUAUAAACUGAGAGAGGUGAAUCUUUUGACAAUUGCAAAUCGUUAUCGAUAAGAGUGAGAUUCAUUGUCAACGAGUGUCACUUUUGGAUUAAGAAGAACGAAAGGAGCAUAUAUAUAUGUAUGUAUGUAUGUAUAUGUAUAUAUAUUGCUCUGACUAUUUGGAUUAUUAUUUGUUUGGUUUGGUGUAGAAAAGAAAAAAGAACAAACGAAAAAGGAAAUUAUAUGAAUAACGUCUUUUAAGUGUGUGAAAACUAUAUCGAAAAAGUUUCGAGAAAGAAUUAAGACUGGAUUCUUUCCUUUCGGGGGUGGACGAUGUUCGUGAGAUUUUAAUCGUACGAAUAAUUAAUUCUACGUUCUCUCUUUCUCUAUCUAUCUAUCUCUCCCACUCUGUGUGUCGUGAGAUUGGAAAAAAGGAGAGAAGAGGGAUAUAGAAGGAACGAUCAAAAGAGAAAGAGAGAGAGAGAGAGAGAGAGAGACACGCGUCGUCUCGUCUCGUCUCGUCUCGUCUCUCCCGAUCUCGCGAGUGACAAGUGGUCGGCGACGCGCGCUUCAACCACGUGGCCGCUGGUGUUUGCGCCGGUGUUGUGUGCUCCCACACGGGGUGUCGAACGCGAUCGCGAGAAAAUUUCUUCGCCUAGGAGGUGGAGGUGACUUUCCUCGUCCGACUUGUGUUGUUGACUGUAUAUAUCGAGAAGUUUCUAGUGCGUUAAUCUGAGACAUUAAAGUGGGAAUGAAGGAGGGAGAAAAAAAAUAAAUAAAAACAGAGAAAUAAAAUUAGACGUUCAAUCUCGUAGAAAGAAUUUUGUCCUUGAGUAAAAAGAGAUAGAGAGUGAGAAGAGAAAAAAAGAAACUAGAAAAAAAAAAAAAUUGUUUUCCAAUUGCUAUGAAACUCUUUUAAAAAAUUACCUCGUACGAACGAACUAUUGUUUAUCGAGAUCACGGAAAAGUCCAUAUACGUACGAUCUAAAUCGCAUUGGACACUGUGAUACGCGAAAUGCUGAGUGCCUCGGCCACCUCCAAACAAGAACGUAGGGUGCUGCGAACGUCGUUUUUGAGGGCCGUGGAGGCCUGCUAAGAUGACCGCACGUCUCCACUCGCUGAGGCACCAGGAGAAGAAAUCAGUCGGUAACAGCCACAGGCAACAGCAUCAUCAACAGUCUCAACACCAACAACAGGCCGUACAUCAGGGUCCUAGCCCGGCACCCAGUCCCAGUCCUAGCCUUAGCCCGAGCCCGAAACACUCGGACGGACGUCGAGCGAACAAACCACUAAUGGAAAAGCGACGACGAGCGAGGAUCAACCAAUCUCUGGCAGCCCUAAAGGCGCUGAUCCUUGACAGCGCUAGGCUCGAGAAUACGAAGCACAGUAAACUCGAGAAAGCUGACAUCUUGGAGUUGACGGUGAGGCAUCUGCAAAGGCAAAGAUCUCUUGCACAACCUGGCCUGUCCAGGUACAAGGCCGGCUACCAGGAUUGCUCGAGGGAGGUGAGUCGAUAUCUCGAUGCCCCAGACAUCAUUACGGGCAAUACGACGCCGAUGGACCCGGCAGUGAAGCAGAGGUUACUUCGUCAUCUGGACAGUUGCGUGUCCGAGCUUGAUCUAGAUCUUGGAUCGAGGCCUGACAGCGGAUUGGGUAGCAGUCCGGGUAGCGUGACGGAUCGUGUGACCGGAGCUACGAGUCCUGGUCCUUUGGAUCACCACGUGCCACCGACGCCUCAUUGCAGUACGGCCUUGAACCCAGCUGGCCUGAUAAAGUCUGAGAUACCGGAGAUGGAGACGGCCAGGCCGGAUAGUAGCACGACGGCCGGAGACGAGAACAACAACAGUAGCAGACCGACGUCGGCAUUCAGUCAAGUAAAUCCAGCUGGUCUGGAUCCCCAUCACCCUUCCGGUAUACCGGUCGAUCAAGCCUCAACGUCACAGCAAAAUCCGAAUAUGCUGUCGGUCGUUCAGGUGAUACCUUCAAGACUACCUGAUGGCCAGGUAGUUUUCCUUCUACCUAGUCACUACGUCCAACUCGCUGCAGCGGCUGCAGCGAACGGCAUCAGUAUCGGACCGAAUCCACCAACUGCAAUUUGGGCAGCUACCAACAUGUCCUUGCUCAAGGCAACGGAUAAACUAGCCAAAAGACCUCACGAAGAGAUGCAAGAUUGGCAGGAAACUGCGACUGGUGUGAAACCUAGUAAGAGCCCUCGAAUGCAAGAUCAACCUGAACAGCCUCUUGACUUUACUACCAAUUCGAAGAAAUUGAAGACAGGUUCGAGGACCUCUGUUCACGGUAUACCGGGUGUCGAACAUCAACAGCAACAGCAACAACAGCAGAUACCACCUUCGCGAACGACAACCGACGGUGCGAUUGUUCACGAGGAGAGACCCUCUAGUCAUGCGGGUAGUGAAAUCGCUGUUGGAAUGCCAUCCCCAUCGCAGCUCGGUCAACAGGCCGUUAAGGAUGAAGAGAGCAUGUGGAGGCCUUGGUAAAUCGAAUACCUUUGGCCGAUCGAUCGUCGAUCUUAUUUGUAUAUAAAUUAUACAUAUAUAUAUAUAUAUAUAUAUAUAUAUGUAUAUAUAUAUAUAUGUUAUAUAUAUAUAUAUAUAUAUUGAUGGAGAUUCGAGUGAAACAGCUUCGAUUCUAGACAACAUCCCCUAGUCAAGGAAAAGGCAGACGAGAUGGUUUUUCCUUCGCUUGAACGAUUUCAUCGGAAGGAGCCGAGGAUUCGUCGAAAUUUUUCUCACGACUCGUUGAUACCAACUCGUACAAGAGAAACGUGUAAGUACGUAUAUAUGUAUGUACAUAUGUAUGUACGUGCGCUAACGUUAGCCGUCUGACGUCAAACUCGAAGUUCUUUCUCUUCUUCGAAGCAGUUUCAUGCGAUUCCGAAUGCCAAAGUAGUAAACGAGGCGAAAAAAUUUAACGAUCGUAAAAAAAAAAGAAAGAAAGAAAGAAAGAAAGAAAA